AUGAACUUGUGUUCGCGGUUGGGGAUGCAAAAUUCCACCUCGAGCCACCCAGGCGAGGCAAAUGCGCCCCAUUCACGCAGCUUGGGUGCAUCGCCAAGAACUUUGAGAAGCCACGGCCGCUUGACCACCCUCAAUAAAAAAUCCCCGCUCUCCGCUGAAUCCGGCCCACCACCCCCCCACCCCCGGAGGAACGGCAGCAAACACGAUGCUGGGGAGUUGCAGCAGUAUAAAUGCAGGUCGAAGCAGUCGUCCGUCCCUCCAGACACUCGUCUACUAACCACGAUGACGACCGCCUUACACCGCCUCCCAGCCUUUACCAACUUUCAGGAUGCAGUCAAAGGAAUCCAGCGGGUUUCUUAUUGCACUGGCGCUAUUCCUCUUGAUGCAGAUACCUCCACUAUCUUCUACCGCACUGACGGGAAGCCCUAUUACAUAGAUUUCGCCAAAGCCUCAUCCGAAGAUCUCAAGGUCCUUGCAGAAUCGUGCCAGCCCGCCACCUUUGGAGUUAACAAACAAGAUGUCUUCGACGAAACCUAUCGCAAGGCUGGCAAGAUGGACGCUGCUAAUUUCGCCACCCAGUUCCACCCGUCCGCUUGUGGUGUUGUAGAUGCUAUUCGCGACGCAAUGCUCCCCGCACAGGAUACCGACCGUGGCAUCAAGAUCGAGAUGUACAAGCUCAAUGUUUACGGACCUGGCGCGUUCUUCAAGGCUCACGUCGACACACCGCGGAGCGACACUAUGUUUGGUUCCCUCGUCGUGGUACUCCCGACCGUGCAUGAGGGUGGUUCUCUCGUGUUUCGCCACCGCGGGACCGAAUGGACCUUUGAUACGGCUCAUGCUAUCUCCACCACAUCGCCCCCAGGCUUGCGAGCUGCUUUCGUCGCCUUCUUCGGGGAUGUCGAACACGAAGUUGCUGUUGUCACCUCGGGAUACCGCGUCACCCUCACCUACAACCUCUACUACGACGAUACUCGAACGCGACGCCAAGAUCAAGCCAAAACAGCUCCUCCACUCAUUCCCGUCGCGAUUCCACCCACUCCACGAGGGUCCGACUUAGAGCCCACCCUAUCUGCCCUCCUUACCGACCCCAACUUCCUCCCUGAGGGCGGCCUGGUCGGGUUCGGGCUGUUCUACAAGUAUGCGUUCCGUGUUAAGUAUAUUUACCGCAUCGACUACAUCACGAAGCCAACCCCACUCUCUGGUAUCGAGAAAAGCCUCAAGGGCUCAGAUGCCGCUGUCCACGACGUCUGCAAGACCCUCCAGCUCAAAACCUCGCUCAAGACCCUCUAUCGCACCAACAAGAGUGCGGCAGAGUUCUGCCUCGCUGACGAAGUUCUCUCCUUGCACUUCCCGGCAGAAUAUGGCCUACUGGGGUCUUUAAAGGAUAUGUACCGAGAUGCUAUUCUCGCGUACGGGUAUGGAGAUGAGGCCAAGCUGGAGGGUGAUAUAGAUAUUUCUGAGAUGCAGCCCGUUUUGUGGGUCGCAGAAGCUGGUGAGGUAAAUAGCUUUGAGCCUGCGUACAUCGCGUAUGGCAACGAGCCAGGGUUGGACUGCGCUUACACGCAGCUUUGCCUCAUCGCGAAGGUUGGGCCAUUUGGCAAGCGAGCUACGAUCAAGUAG